CGGGGAAGCCUAGCUGCGCCGCGCGUCCGCGGCCCCUCAGCUCCCCUAGACAUGGCGCUGAGGCGGCGGCCAGCGGUCCGGCUCUGCGCCCGGCUGUCUGACUUUUUCCUCCUGCUGCUUUUCAGGGGUUGCUUGAUUGGGGCUGUGAAUCUCAAAUCCAGCAACCGAACCCCAGUGGUACAAGAAUUUGAAAGUGUGGAACUUUCUUGUAUCAUUACGGAUUCACAGACAAAUGACCCCAGGAUUGAAUGGAAGAAAAUUCAAGAUGACCGAACUGCAUAUGUGUUUUUUGACAACAGAAUCCAGGGAGAUUUGGCAGGUCGUGCAGAAUUAUUGGGUAAAACGUCUUUAAGGAUCUGGAAUGUGACCCGGACAGACUCAGCCCUUUAUCGCUGUGAAGUGGUUGCUCGAAAUGACCGCAAAGAAAUUGAUGAGAUUGUCAUUGAGUUAACUGUGCAAGUGAAGCCGGUACCUCCUGUGUGCAGAGUACCAAAGGCUGUACCCGUGGGCAAGACAGCCACGCUGCAGUGCCAGGAGAGUGAGGGCUUCCCCCGGCCUCACUACAGCUGGUAUCGAAAUGACGUGCCGCUGCCCACAGAUUCCAGAGCCAAUCCCAGAUUUCGAAACUCCUCUUUUCUCUUAAACUCUGAAACAGGCACUCUGGUUUUCAGUGCUGUUCACAAGGAAGACUCUGGGCAGUAUUACUGCAUUGCUUCUAAUGAUGCAGGCUCAGCCAGAUGUGAGGAGCAGAUGAUGGAAGUCUAUGACCUGAACAUUGGUGGCAUUAUUGGGGGGAUCCUGGUGGUGCUUGCUGUACUGGCCCUGAUAACAGUAGGCAUCUGCUGUGCAUACAGACGGGGUUACUUCAUCAAUAAUAAGCAGAAUAGUGAAAGUUACAAGAGUCCGGGGAAGUCAGAUGGAGUUAACUAUGUCAGGACAGAGGAAGAGGGCGACUUCAGACACAAGUCAUCAUUUGUGAUCUGAGAUCUGACGGUGUGGCUGAGGGAGCACACGCAAAUACCUCCACCAGAAACUCCUAUCAAGAACAGCCCGGGGCCAAGUGCACUUGGACAGAGCUACACACUUGCGCAAAAGCUUUUUGUUUGGCCAAAGUUGACUGCUACUUCUUUCUUACUUUUUAACAAGCCACAUAAAUAAAAGAAGUUCCCUCCAGCUGGGCCCAGUCAUCAUAAGGAAAAAAAUUCUAUUUCACUGAGGCUGAUUCCCAGUCUAUUUCUGGCCUUGUUCCCACCUGAGUGUUAGGGUCACUGUGAGGCUCUUGCUCACAGAAGUUGGGCUGGGCACCAUGGGCCUCUGAAGGCAGUGUAUUUGCCACUCACUGACAUCAGCUAGGGUGAGCCCCGUGAGAGGGGCCACAGGGCAGCCACAUAGCACCAGUACUGCAGGACUUGAGAGCAUGACCCACCGUGAAACCUUGCAGCUGGAGUUUGAACCAGUCAGUCCAGAAAAGUGGCAUUUUAUGCAAUGACCUUGUUUCAUAGUGGCCCACAGUCAGCACUGUACUCAUUGUUCUUAAAGGUUCUAUUGAUCAGUAUUUUAGUGUCCUUCGUGGAAAAUCUCUUUGGAAUGUUAUUAAAACAGCUCAGAUCAGGAAGAUAUAUUGUUUGUUGGAAGAAGGGAUCUUCUCACCUGUAGGAACCCUGCUUGUCCUUUGGGGGGUGGGGUGGAUGUGUGGGAUGUUCAGUAUUUAAAGAAAACCUUCAUUUUAGGUGAAAUCUGAAAUGGUACUAAAAUCAUGUUCUGCUUUUCUAUGGGUAUUUUAUAAAAUUUUACAUUCUAAAUUUUUGCUAAAGAUGUAUUUUGGUUAUUGAAAAGAAAAUUUCUAUUUAAACUGUAAAUAUGUUGUCAGUACAGUGUUAAAUAACCUAUUUUUUUAAAAAUUUCAACUUAAGGUAGGAGUUCCAAACUACUAGUGUUAAAUUGGAAGAUAUCAAUGAUUAAAGAGUAUUUUGACCCAAGAAAUCCUCUCAAGGAGGCUUAUUGGAACAUUCCUUUUUUCCACAUAAGUAUCAGCAUUUUUCACAAGAGAACUUACGUUGGCUAUACAUCAGAUCAUUGUUACUUAGGAAACCUUAAAAAAAAAAUUCCAGUUGAAUAAUGUUAGUAUCUGUUUGCAUCUCUCCUAAAGACAUAAGGAGCUCUAAGGUUAGCUUUGAAUGGCCUCUUCACUCAAACUACCUGUGCCCAAAGACCACCCAGAACUGCUUAGACAUACAUGUGAAAUGUCAGCCAAUCCCUGGACUUGAGUCUUGUGCCCCACUCUAAAUACUGGCUACUAACAUGAAGGCUGGCCAGCAUGCGCACUGCCAUCUUUAAUGCUCAGACAGUGGCUCUAUGUUAGCUUUACUGUGUUGGACAGUUCUAAGGUGUACACUUCAGGAAGGGUAGGUGUCCUCCAUGUGGCAUCCCAACCUUUGGGUCCCCUGUGACAGAGCUCUUUUUGGUUGUGGAUGGCUCAUGAAACAAAGCAGCGGCUGCUGUUUGGUUUUAAAAUUCAUUUUACUUAUUUGUGUAGUUCCUAAGACUGUCCAGGGCCAAAGGCAGUUCUGAAAUCAACUACAAUAAUGUUUUUUAAGACAAUGAAUUCCACUAUUCCCUUUGCCAUGAAGAAAGCACAGACACCGCAGUUUGCCUCUUGCUUCACAAUAAACCAUUAUGUGGCGGCAGAGAGGCCAGCCUUUUGAAGCCGGUUGGGUAGUGCAGCCAGGGCAGAAAGCCUGAUGGUGAGAAAAGUGAAAUGCCUGAAUCAAGGCCAUUUUCUGAUUUUGAUUUUAAAGUCUUUUUCUACUCAAGACACUGCAGCUCAUUGUGUGUGGGACAUUAGAAACAUCGUUAUAAAGCCUUUGUUCUUCAAGAGCAGAUGUUCUUUGCCUCAGAUAUGUUGCUGUGUUAAACUCACAAUGUGAAGAGGUUUGAAGAAGGAGCUGCUCAGAGGAGCACCCCCCAGUUCCACUGUGUGCUUAAAGGAUGGUUUUUGGGUGGAAGGAUGUAGUCAUCUUGGUAUUAAACUUCAGUGUCUUAAUUUUUUCUACUUUGGGUUUUUUUUUUUUUUAAUUGAAUACUUGAGACUUAUGUUGACUUUUCUUUUGUAAGUUAUGUGAAUACUUUACCAUGGGGUAUUUGGCAGAAGCGGUGGGCAACUCUUCAUAAUUGCUUAAUGGUACCCAUCUUCUUUUGCAUUUGGGUCUUGAAUGCUUAGACUUAAGACUGUCCCUUCAUCUUCACCCCUAUUUGGUAGAAAGGGAUAGUGUCCCUGUUCUCUGGGAAGCAACACUUUGACUGCCAUCUUGGUUGUCAUAGUGAUAGGGCAGCCUUAUCACCUCCCUUCUUAUGACCCUAAAACCUCCUAUCCUAGUGCCAUGUGAACUGGGUCUGACAGAAGCGAGUAUGGAGUCUGGGAAGUAGUUGCCUAACGUAAAAAUAUAGGCCGUAAAGGAACAUUCAUGUGUUUUUAAAAUGUGAAUGCGACUGAAAACUCGAAGCCUCUACAAGGCUGUUGUGGCCUUUGGUGUGGCUGUUGCUGUACGUAGAGACUUGUACUAACACACCUAGAAGUUGGUAUUUGUUAAACCUCAUUUAUAAAAGCUUUAAAAAA